AUCUCUUGUGUUUAACUAACUACAUAAUUUUACAUAAGUGUGCAUGGCGGACCUUUCUGAGUUUGUCAUGAACAAGCGAUAUGAAUGUGUUACUAGUUAGCAGACAUGAAGCUAGGGUUAGCUUGCAAAGGUUGUUGGUCUGGAGGUGGUCAAUGUGCUCAUUGCUAACUUCUCCAUUACAGACGAAGUUAUUCGAAAACGUCUUCUCAUUGAUGGAGACGGGGCUGGAGACGACCGACGUAUCAAUGUUCUUUUGAAGAGCUUUACUAAAUGGUGCAAUUCAACUGGGUCGCCUCAAGAAGGGUAAAUGUGACUGCUCUGCCCUGUGUGAUAAGCCGUUGUUGCUACUAUCUAACCACCAAUCAUUGCCUUUAAUACCAGGAGAAGUUGAUUUGACUGACUAUUUUAUAUAUAUAUAUAUAUAUAUCAUUUUUAUUUAACCUUUUAAUUUAACAGAGAAGACCUAUUGAGACAUAGGUCUCUUUUUCAAAUGCACCCUGUAUAGUCCCCUGUAGUUCAGUUGGUAGAGCAUGGCGCUUGCAACGCCAGGAUUGUGGGUUUGUUUCCCACGGGGGCCAGUAUGAAAAUGUAUGCACUCACUAACUGUAAGUCGCUCUGGAUAAGAGCGUCUGCUAAAUGACUAAAAUGUAAAUAAUACAACACAAAUAUACACAUUAUAUGGAUGGAUAGAAUCUCACAAAUCACCCAGAAAAACAGUUUGAUUCCUCCACAAAGAAGUUCCCAAUCAACACUUUAAAUUGCCUGAAUGGCACCAGAACAUCAAGAUGAAAUGUAUUUAGAAUUUUGUUCCAGCAAUACAGUGCAUUAAAACUAAAAGCAGAUUUACCUAGCUCGGUGGAGAACCUAGGAACCUCAAGUUAACCAAUCCUGUGAAGGGGUUCAGCAACUCUGAUGUCCACACUUCAACAGCAAAGUUGGAUAAGACAACGUUUUUGAAGUAGGGCCUUGUAAACAAAAGGAGUAAUGUGGAGAUCUACGGGUCUUCAGUGAAGUCCAGCCAACCUUUUGAUACAGAAUGCAGAGAUGAGUAUCAAAACUGUCACCUGUAACAAAAUGAAGGGCACUAUUGUAGAUGGCAUCCAAAGGUUUAAGAUUAGUAGCAGCUGCACUUUGAUAAAUAUCACCAUAAUCAAGAAUGGAUAAAAAGGUAUACUGAAUAAUCUGCUUUCUACUGCUUAGUGAAAGGCAUGAUCUGUUUCUGUAGAAAUAGCCAACUUUAAAUCAUAGCUUCUUAAGCAGUAUUUAUAUAUAUGUAGUUCAUCUGAAACAUUCUUACAAGAGUUUAAAAACAUGUAUUUGGUUUUGUCCGUAUUAAGCACAAGUUUUAAAUCAGCAUAGCUAAUAAAUCUUACUGGUUUUGACACAGCCAGAUCAACAAUCGGAGCAAUAGCAUACAUAAUAGUAUCAUCCGCAUAUACACUACAUGACCAAAAGUAUGAGGACACCCGUUCGUCAAACAUCUCAUUCCAAAAUCAUUGGCAUUAAUAUGGAGUUGGUCUCCCUUUGUUGCUUUAACAGCCUCCACUCUUCUGGGAAGGCUUUCCACUAGAUGUUGGAACAUUGCUGCGGGGACUUGCUUCCAUUCGGCCACAAAGCAUUAGUGAGGUUGGACGAUUAGGCCUGGCACGCAGUCAGCUUUCCAAUUCAUCCCAAAGGUGUUUCGAUGGGGUUGAGAUCAGGGUUCUGUGCAGGCCAGUCAAGUUCUUCCACACCGAUCUCAACAAACCAUUUCUGUAUGGACCUUGCUUUGUGCACGGGGGCAUUGUCAUGCUGAAAUAGGAAAGGGCCUUCCCCAAACUGUUGCCACAAAGUUGGAAGCACAGAAUCGUCUAGAAUGUCGUUGUAUGCUGUAGCGUUAAGAUUUCCCUUCACUGGAACUAAGGGGCCAAGCCCGAACCAUGAAAAACAGCCCCAGACUAUUAUUCCUCCUCCAUCAAACUAUACAGUUGGCACUAUGCAUUGGGACAGGUAGCGUUCUCCUGGCAUCCGCCAAACCCAGUUUUGUCCAUCGGACUGCCAGAUGAUCACUCCAGCGAAUGCUUUUCCACUACUCCAGAGUCCUAUGGCGGCGAGCUUUACACCACUCCAGCAGACGCUUGGCAUUGCACAUGGUGAUCUUAGGCUUGUGUGCGGCUGCUCGGCCAUGGAAACCCAUUUCAUGAAGCUGCCGACGAACAGUUCUCGUGCUGUCGUUGCUUCCAGAGGCAGUUUGGAACUUGGUAUUGAGUGUUGGAACCGAGGACAGGCAUUUUUCUUUUAACGCGCUUCAGCACUCGGCGGUCCCGUUCUGUGAGCUUGUGUGGCCUACCACUUCGCGGCUGAGCUGUUGAUGCUCCUAGAUGUUUCCACUUCACAAUAACAGCACUUACAGUUGACCGGGACAGCUCUAGCAGGGCAGACAUUUGACGAACUGACCUGUUGGGAAGGUGGCAUCCUAUGACGGUGCCACGUUGAAAGUCACUGAGCGCUUCAGUAAGGCUGUUCUACUGCCAAUGUUUGUCUAUGGACAUUGCAUGGCUGUGUGCUUGAUUUUAAACACCUGUAAUCAACGGGUGUGGCUAAAAUAGCCGAAUCCACUAAUUUGAAGGAGUGUCCACAUACUUUUGUGUAGAUUCAUUUUACAAUUUUUAACAGAUUGACCAAUGGUGUUUGACUGUUUUCAUUGACGUUUACAUCAACUGUCAUGUAAACUAUCUCAAAGUGAAAUUAUAAUGUAUUCCUCUUUGCAGAUUCACACAGUACCAGAGGAUGUUGGGUACAUUGGCACAAUGUGAAUUCUCAAUGGGGAAGACCUUGCUGGUGUAUGACAUGAACCUCCGGGAAAUGGAAAACUAUGAGAAAAUAUACACAGACAUAGGUGAGAGAAAAGACACUUGCAUCUCAGUCCGUUACACCAGGGUUUCCCAAACGUAUUCCUUCCCCCCUCCCGCCCUACACAGGAUUCAAAUAAUCAAAGCUUAAUGAUGAGUUGGUUAUUUGAAUCAGUUGUGUUAGUGCUAGGGAAAAAAACUAAACGUGCAUCCGGAGGGUCAGGACAGAGUUUGGGCAACCCUGCAUUACACUAUGUUCUACUGUCAACCCAUAACUUAGUCAACACUUAGUCAUGCCAUAUUUGAUUAUCUUCUUUCUCUUAAGAACGAAACAUCACAUCAGCACAUGAUAAAAUAUCAGAAUGCAAAAAGGAGAUCCAGAGGGCAAAGAGAAUACGAAAGAAUCGUCAAGGUGAGGUUAACCUGGGUGCACUUAAAUAUGUAUUAAAGUGCAAGAUGGCUGUAUACUUUUUGGGGAAAUUAUCUAUUGUUUUUAACUUGCACAGUUAUUGAUUAGUCUUGUGUCAAUACUUUUAGUAUAGGAAUCUGGCAGAGUACUUUUCAUGCUAGAGUACACUUUAAAAUGUUCUUUGUCCUUUUAAUUUUGCAUUUGGCAGAGUAUGAUGCACUGGCAAAGGUCAUCCAGCAACAUCCAGAUCGCCAUGAAACACUAAAGUGAGUUUACUUCCUCAUUUCUCUACACAUUUUAAUGGAGGCAGCCAACAGGUAUACAUGUACAUGCAUAUAUUUCGAUUUUAGAUGUGCGCUUUUCUUUUUACCACAGGCAGUUGGAGGCGCUUGACAAAGAGCUCCAGCAGUUGUCUCACAUCAAAGAGAAUGUGGAAGAUAAGGUAGGCCUGUUUCCUGCGUGCUUUGUUUGAUUGAUAUAUUAUCUUAAUUAUAGAUUUGUAUGGUGUUUUCUUAAUAUAUUGUCUGUUUGUCCUUCAGCUGGAGUUGAGGAAGAAACAGUUCCAUGUGCUCCUCAGUACCAUCCAGGAACUACAGCAGACACUGGAGAGUAAGUAUGACUGUAGCCGUUGUGCUCUCCUAUGGCAAGAUGGGCUAUGAGUAUGCUGGACUGUGUUUUGUCGGUUAUUGAUUGUGAUCCACCUCCACUACUCCUGUGUAAUGAUGUUUAUAUAUUCUGGUUUCUCUCAGAUGAUGAGAAGUCAGAGAAUGAUGACACUCAGGAAAGCUCCAUGGAGAAUGGAGAAUGAAUGCAUCUCAGCUGUCAAUGUAAUUUAGUUAUGUACUAUUUUUUUGUUUUUGAUAAUGCUUUUCAUUUGAGCAAUGAAGUUUCACUUGAGUUUGUCUUGAGUUGACAUUUUAGUUUUUAUAAUACCUGUAUGUUUUUUUUUUGCUGAAUAAAGUUGUAAAUUG